AUGGAGUUGAUGGACAAAUUCCAGAAAUUAAUCUCAGUUACACAAGAUGACAACGGUGUACUGGUCCACAAUCUAUCAUUCAAAGGAUUUAGGCCAGGGCAGAUUCAGGUGCUGAAGCCUGCUGCCGGAUUCAACAUCUCGGACGCCGACCCGGUGAACCUCGUGGCCACGAUCGAGUCGGUUCUAAAACACUUCCAAGAGCUAGCUGAGACACAGCACCUCAUUCGGCAACAAGUCACCUCCCUCUUUAUGACGCACAAACCGCGAUUGGUCAUCCCGAGAGCGCAGCAGGGUGCCCUCAAGGCGCUGAAGGCGGGAAAGAGUAUCGUGAUCCUACCGGCAGGCAAAGGACGAUCAACAGUUAUACUUGACAAGGCCGAGUACCUCCAGAAAGCCAAUGUCUUGCUUGAGGACAGGCAAACGUACGUCAAGUGUGACGGAGACCCCAUGAAGAAGCUGGUGACGCAAAUAAACACGACGCUCAUCAUGCUACAAAUAAUGGCGUGA